GUGUUUCAAAGGGCGACUGCCAAUCUGCGCCGGGAAUCUUUGGCGCCACAAGUGCCCGCGGUGCCCGGGAUGCGCGGGAGCAGCCGGCAGGGCCAACGCGGAACUGCCCGCGGCCAGACCCAAACUUUCCCGGCCGCGCCGCCCCCGGCAACACGCCGAGGGACAUUUGGGAAGGAGGACGGCCUCGGGCACCCAGCCCCAGACCCGCGCUCAAAGUUCGGCCCGGGGCGCGGGAGGCCGCCCGCCGCCACCCGGCUCCCCCAGCGGGCGUCAGAUGGCGUUGCCAGACUCAAUCACUACUUGCCUUUCUCAACCUGUACACUAUGUGAUUUGCAAACUUGGAUUUGAGAAGAAAGACACCUAUAAUAUUGAUACUAUUUUAUCUGGAAACAGGGAAGUUUGUUGGCCAGCUGUUACAGAGCAUGUGUGUUACCUUGAAUCAGAUCAAAGUGUGGAUUAUAUCAAAAGCAUACGAUCAUUAGGACCUGUCUGUGAAUCUGUUAAUUUGUACUUCAAAUCUCUGACCAAGGAGCAAUUUGUAAUUCAGUAUGCAUCGUGGUUCCACUGGACAAACUGCACAGAGGUAUUUCUGGAAGUGUUUGAUGUUUUGCAAUCUACACAAGCUACAGAAGUUGCUCUUGGCUUAAUGAAACUAACAUCAUGCUUGGAGCGAGCCUUGGGUGACGUGUAUUUACUUAAGGGUGAUGAUUGUCCUUUCCUUCUAAGAGAUUUGCUUGCAUCUGAGCAGCUUGCAGAUGUCUUUGGACAAGCUGUAAUGAAUGUACUGAGGGUAUUCAUUGGAUCUCCACAUGGUUUGAACCUUCGUAAUGUUUUGUGGCAUGGAUUUGCAUCACCACAAGAAAUUCCUGCCAAAUACUGUGCUAUGCUGCUCUUUUUAACUGCAGGAUUGGGUCAGUUGUUACAGACUUAUCUUCUGCAAACUAAAGGUGUUUUAGUACAUCGACCUUAUGUGAUCUUCAUUAGCUUAGAGGAGCUUGAUGCAUUUCCAGAUCUUAAUAGUGAAAUACUUGCCAUAGCUGAAGAACUUGUAAAACACUCCAGUUUUGUAUUAAAAAUUAUGUUACCAUUUUGGAUCGCUGCUUUAACAGCUUUCAAGCAAAGCAGGUAUGCUGACAGUGUGAUUCUCUUACUUCCUCAGCUGGAAGCUGGACUUAGAUUGCUCUUCACUACAACUAAUAAAUGUCCAAAUCGAUUGCUAACAGCGGAGUCUUCUGCUCUCUACACCACUUUUGAUGAGAUGCUAAAAAAGCAUUUGGAUAAUGAAGAAGUCAACCAGCUACCUGUAGUUCUUGAAGAGCCUGCCAUGGACUUCCUUUGGGAUUUCUUGAACCACCAGGAGGGCCCACGUAUAAGAGAUCGUUUAAGUCAUGGAGAGAUCAAUCUAGAAACAUUUCCCAGAGAAAUAGCUAACCAAAUAGUUGGAUUUGCUAUUACAUUUCUCUGCAGAUUCUCAGAUGAGGAUAUGUUUUCUCUUAAGGUGCUGGAAUGUAUGAAGAGCAUCCAUUUAUGGCCUGAAUUGGCAACAGUGCCUGAGGAACAAGAACAAAAGAUUAAAGGGUUGGAAGGAAAUACUGAAGCUAAUACUUUAAUUUUGAUGAUAUCUGAAAUUUUAUCUCAGUUGCAGCGUUAUAUGCCCCAGGAUUGCUGUAGUUCAGAUGAUCCUAUCAAUAGUAUCCUAACAGAGAGGCUGCUGGUGGAACUUUGUGGUACACGCGUUUGCACGCUGUAUUCCCCACGACCUGUCCUGGAAGUAGUGGUGAUACUCCGCAAAAUAAGCGCGCAGUGCCAUCAAGUGUCCCAACAGGUUAUUGCCGGCGCUGGGCUGAGACACACGCAGUGGCUUAACAAGACUCUGCGCUCCCGCCAGAGGCACAACUAUCGGCGGAUGCUGAGCAGCAUUAAAUUUUUGUCUCCGGUGUUGCGGCUCAUCUUACUGUUGAUUACUCUGGAGCUAGUCAGUGUUCAUUCAGUUUGUAAGAAGAAUCCUUUUGAUUAUCAGCAGUAUCUAAAGUUUUUGAAGUCAGUCUUGCAGUACACUGAGAACUUGGUGACAUACACAAGCCCUGACAAAAACAAGUGGGAUGAAACCAUGGAACUUACAAAGAAGACUUUGAUAAAUAUAAAGAAAAUCACUGACAGGAAGCUAAUGUUAAUGCAUCUAGCUACAUGAAUGAAAUGGGCUUAGGAUUGUCUGGACAUUGUUAUAUCUAAACAGUUACAGAGACCUCAUAUUCAAUAAAUCUAAUUCAAAGACAAAUUUCAUAAGUAAUUUUCAAAUUUUGGAUGCAAAAUUUACUCUUUUUAUCAGAAGGUAGAUACUGGAGAUGAAUGAUCGAGGUUCCAGAGAACAGGUUGUUUGUCAAAUCCACUGAAAAAGAUUUACUGUGAACUAAAUCAGGAUGAUACAAGUUCUAUUGUAAAUAUAUCUUGUGUUUUGUACAUUGAUUGUUCUUAUAUUUUUGAGGGGGUUUUUUGUUUCCUACUGUACUGAAAAAUACCUAAGAAAAGAGUGUGAAUAAAAUGCUCUGGAAAUUUUUUAAUCCAAAAAGUAAUUUUUUACUUUGGAAUACAUCAGAUAUUAUGUCAGAGACUGUGAUCAACAGGUUAAGAAAUUAUGAAAUUUCAUCCUAAAAUAGUGCUCAUUGGCGUCUGUGGUUGUUAUUAGUUGUGA